UCCGGCUCAGGUCCUCCGCGGCCAAGUCCGCUAGGCCGAUGGACAGCGUUUCCCGGAAGUUGCCAGGUUGCCGGCUUCCGGUGCAGUAGGGAAAAAUGGCUGUGGUCCCUGUGAUCCCGACUCUGGCGCGGAUGCUGUCAAGGCACAGCCUGUUGUCUCCUUUGCUCAAUGGGACAUCAUUCAGACGCUUCUAUAGAGGUGAUAGCCCAUCAGAUUCCCAAAAGGACAUGAUCGAAAUCCCUCUGCCUCCAUGGCAGGAGAGAGCAGAUGAAUCCAUAGAAACCAAAAGAGCCCGGCUGCUGUAUGAGAGCCGGAAGAGAGGGAUGUUGGAAAACUGCAUCCUCCUGAGUCUCUUUGCUAAAGAACAUCUGCAUAACAUGACUGAGCAGCAGCUGAACCUCUAUGAUCGCCUGAUUAAUGAGCCUAGUAACGACUGGGAUAUUUACUACUGGGCCACAGAAGCAAAACCAGCCCCAGAAAUAUUUGAAAACGAAAUCAUGGCCAUGCUGAAAGAAUUUGCAAAAAACAAAAACAAAGAGCAGAGACUGCGCGCCCCAGAUCUUGAGUAUCUCUUUGAGAAGUCGCAUUGAGCUAGCUGCGUGUCACUCCCCUUCCUGGCUCGGAUCCUUUCUGCCAAGGAAAACUGAUCCAAGCCCCCUGAGCGGACCCCUUCAAAGGCACAGCAGGGUGAGGAAGGGCAGCAGGCAGAGCAGCGUGGGCACACUGCAUAAGGGUAAACCUCCUCAUGGUCAGUUUCUCGAAAACGUGCACUUUUGUCAUGGGAGGAUAAUUGAGUAUUAAAGAACACCAAGAAAGGGAAAUCAACAGUUCCCCAUCGUCACAAUGACUUCCUUUGUCUACUCUCACAUAACCCAUAGUCCUAUUUCUAAGCGUUGUACAAGGUCACGGGCACAGGUUUGCUUUCCAUGUGGCCUCCUCAUGAACUUGUCCCUUGUUCCUGCUACCUGCAUAACCGUUACCUCACGAAAUAGCAAUACAUAAAAAGUAACACAUUAGAACAAAAUUAUCAGAGAGCUUAGGUCUGGGACCAGUUCUGCAUGGUUAGAGAUGGUCCUCUGAAAGGGGCUUUGCCUGUGAUUUAUUAGAAAUGGCGGUCAGUCAGAUCAGCAGGGAGAAUCCUGAAGUGUUUGCUAGAGGAAGGCCAGCUGGAAUUGAUGAACACGUGGUUGGUGAUCACAGAGCUACAGGCAGGGAGGAAGUAGGUUCUCGGGACUGUUGUGGGGAGGGGGUGUCAGCCUCACCAUGAAUCCAGCGUGCCCUUUGGAGUCCCUGGCUAAGGAGGGAAGAGAGCCAGCUUUUCCUUACAUAGUGUCUCAGAGCUCAGUGCCCUCACAGGCCUAUUUCAUAGACAGAAAGUUGGCUCAGAGGGAGGAAGUCAGCUGUCCAAGGUCAGGUAGUUACUGCGUCACAAAUCCAGAACUUGGGAUGACUCUGUCUGCCUCAAAGCUCAUGAAUGUUCUGCUAGCAGAUGCUGCUUUACUGCAGGAAGCAGAAAAUCCAUGCCUCUGAGGAUCUUUCUGGGAAAAUUAAGGCAGACAAACUACAGUUCUGACUCGUGACCUCCUCCACAGGGGUAGAGGGCUACCACAUGCUACUGAGAAUGCAGCAUAGUACACUGGCUACAAGUUCAAUUCCUGGUUCUGUUGUUGAUAUACUGGUUCUGUUGUUAAUUUAUUGGCUCC